GAGAGAAGAGGAAGAGCUAAGGAAGCAUGUAUCUAAUUGGAGGAGGGCAGAGCCAAGAGGAGGUUGGGACACUGAAAGGUUCGAGAAUUUGCAAGAGCGAAAUCAAGGAGGCAAGAAAGGUGAUUUCUUUCCUGCAAAGCAAGAGCAAGAUAUUUUCCAUCUACUAGGAACCCAUUUCUGGGGAGACUCUGCUACCAAGCACAAGGAAGCCAGUCAAGUUUCUUUCCUUGGCCUUAACAUCCAGGCAGUCUUGGAGAGACAAAUGAAAAACAGAAUGCCUUUCCAGAUUUUAGAGAAGAAAGAAAAAGAAGAGGGACCAUUUUCAAAACAAAUGUGGUCAGAACACCAAUGGAUAUCUUCAGUGAAUUCACUGCAGCCAUUUGAUGUACAGGGCACCACAGUCCCCAAAACCGGCUGGAAUGUGGAAGGCAAACAGGAGCACCUGUGCAUUUGCCAGCAGCUUCACUGUCUCAUGUGUUUGGGGGAAAACUUGCAUCAGAAAUAUAUCCAGCUCUUCUGGGGUCUUCCCUCUUUGCAUAGUGAGUCCUUAGUAGCCACACUCCUGGUAUCUAGUAGUACUUCUCCACUAGAGUCUCACUUUGUUUUAUUCAAUGGACUCUAUAAUGCUUCUGCAAUCAAAAUGGAGGAUCAAGAAGUUCUACUACAUCCUCAUUCCCAUCACUUUCCUCACCCUAGUAUAUAUUCCCAACCCUUGCCUCAAACCCCGUCCCAAUCCCAGCCCCUACCUUUCACUCAGGUGAACCCCCAGGCCCAUCAUCAAUCUUGCCUCCCACUCAUACCAUCUUAUUCUUCAUCCCAGACUAGGGACUGUGGAGUGUUUUUACAUAGAUCUAAGAAUGAGUUAGACUCUCCUAUCAUGACUGAAAAUCAGCACCUGGCAUGGUUUGUGUUAAAGAAGCACCAGGAAAGUUUGUGGGGUGUAGUCCCUGGGUUCCCAAAAUCUCAAGAAGUUGUUUGUCCUCAAGCCCUCAACCUUCCAUUGGUUAGCCGGUCAUCCCAUGCCUGUGUACCAGUCUCCAUCCUUCCUGGCCAUUUGUAUAUUACCCGUGAACCACAGAAGAAACUGGAGUUUCAUGGUGCAAGGAAGGUAAGCCCACGCUGGUGUCUGCAUGCCUGCAGAAAUCUACAGUCUCUAGCAAUGCUGGAGCUGCAGUGUAAAUUAACAGAAAUGUCUCAGCCAAAAGGUAGACAUCUUUGCUCAAAAUUCUCUGAGCUCCAGGGCCAUAGUAGCAAGGAUCUAGCAAAGACUGAAUUGAGUUUCUCAGGAAGUUUCCAUGAGAGGGUCCCAACAGAAUUUCAGCUAAGGAUGAAUAUGAUGAGGAAUUUUGGGUAUGUCCUAGAGAAGAGCCCAGAAGACAGCCCACAAAGGGUGUCAGAAUGCUCCCUAGUGAAGGAUCUUAGGGCUGCCUUGUGGGCAAAAAGUAACUGUGUGUGUCAUUCAAGGAAUCACUCAGGGAAUGAAUUACUCAAGGUCUUAAGGAAGGACACAGAUGAGAGUCAAAUAAAAAUGAUCCUUAGAUUACAUUUGAUAAAGAAAUAUUGGCAGAUUAUUAGAGACAGGAUUCCUAUAGGUGUAUGUUGUUCAUGGCUGGCUGAUGACAGUGCAUUGCCUUUGUGCGGGAGUUCCCAGAAUAUAAUGGGAAACACAAUUUCAAAAAACACAAUGGUGGGUAGGGUUUACUGCCACAUUACCUUUCUGGAGCUUUCUUUUCUCAAUCCCAAUACACGACAAGUGCUAGAGGCCCAUAUUAUAAGAUUUCGGAUGAGUCAAAGGUGGGGUCUACCGCUCAGGGUUCUUCAGUCUAUAAAAUUCUGUAUGUUGAGAGAAGCCAAAACAUGGUCUCUUUCCCAAAUUGACUUUCCCUCCUCAGCCAUGUAUAUUUCUGUGGUGGAUUCCAAAGCUGAGUUUUCUAGCCCCCUUGAGAGAAGCUCUAAAACUUUUCAUGGAAACAGGCUGAGAACAAAGUCAGUCCCCACCCUGGAUCGUUCUCUCCCUGCUAUGUCAUCUAUAGGCAAUGAAGGACGGAGGGACCUGAAACCAUCACUCUCUGACACCAACCAUGACCUUGCAGACAGAGGGUAUGGAAGUCAGACUUUUCAGCCCCUUUCACAUAGCACCAUAGCUCAAGUGAGACAGGGUGAGGCUGAUCUAGAAAACAGAUGCAGCCCAGAAGAGCCCCAAAGGCAAGCUGAAGCUGGACAUAAGCUAAAGGAUGAGAAUGUGAGUCCUAGGGAUGCAACAGAAAUGGUUCAGGGCACAGUGAUGUUGGAGAAGAAUUUAGAACAUUUUGCAAUGCGCAACUUGUCCAGGGAUAUAUUCAAGACCGAGGAGCUGUUUACUCUUCAAGCUCGAUCUUGUGAAGUCUUGACAACCAGUGAGUUGGAAAGCUCCAAAAUGAUAAAUGUCAAUUUGAGAAAGGUAGAAGCUGCGCUGACCACUGAACAUCCCUCAACAGAAAUACUGGUUCCCCAAGAUUCUAAACUAUCAGACCCUAAAAGACAGCUCCUUAGUCAGUUAAAAUUGAAAUUGGAGAGGGAGAAGCAUAUUCAGGCACAAGAAUGUCCCACUGACAUGUCCCUUACUUCAAAUAGCUUGACUUCCAAGGCCUCACUGACUCAGUUCCAGAAUGUCUGUUGUGGGGACAUGGGAGUGUCUCAGGUGCUGCAUGUCCACUUGGAGGACAAAAAGAUUAGUCCGGAGCAGCAGGAGUCCUGGCACUCUAAGCAGGUAUUAGGUAGGUGCCAGCCUAUGAGUCAUCCACAAAGAAAAAUUGCAAGGAAAGUGAGACCUCAGGGUAUCAAAGCAGGAAAAUGUAGAAGUGAGGAUUCAGGGGGAGGGACAUCCGUAGCCAGAAAGAAGAGUCAUCAUGUCGAGGACAGAAAAUUAGAUGGUGCUUCCUCAUCUCUGUCACAGAAUGAACUGUUUCCUCCUGAGAGUUUCUUCAGCAAAAAGAUGAGGCAAUUUAUUCAGUGGAUCAAGUCUAUGAAAAACACCACAAAACAGGAAAGUUGCUGGCACCAAGACCCAGGUGACAGUGUAAGUGCUCUUGUGAGUGGUGGGCCUCCUGAAGCUCGUGAGCUCAUGACUGCCAUUGGGAAGAUCCUAGAAGAGAAGGUGACAUGUAGGUAUGAAUCUGAGGUCUCUGAGUUAAGCCAGCAGAAGGAAGAACUGCAGGCUCAGGUAGGGCCCAACAAGAGGCAUCCCUCCAACUAUCAGGCUUUGUCUGACCCACCACAGCACAAACAGGCAAGUAUUGAGUUCUGUAGCCAAGAAGCUGUCUCUGCUGAACAGAACUAUCUUACAAGUGUCAGGCAGGACAGACACAGGACCAGAAUUCCCCAGAAAAUUGGGGCCUUCAAGAAGCAGCUAUUAAGCUGGAGUCAACCUGCUUCUUCUCCGCCAUCCAGGGAGCCCGUGCCUCAUCCAAGCCCCACCUGUGUGCAUCACAUAAGCCAAGUCCGUCCAGCCAUCCUCACCGCUGAUGAAAGUACUGUGUUCAGAGAUUUGACUCUUCUAUUCAAGCAGAAAACGCUUCUCCAGCACUUUGGGGGAGAAGAAAUUUCCCUAAAGAAAUCAUUUAGUCCUUGUUGA